UGGAAAAUAGGAUUUUUUGAAGAUGAAAAUAAAUAUUCUGUUAUUCCAAGUAAUUGGACCUUUAGUACCCGUACAGGUGAUUUCUGUCGAUGGCCAAGUAAACAAAGAGUUACUUCUUUAAUGAUAAUAAAAGCAGAUGAACCAAACGUAGACUGGUCAUCUUUCCCAGUAAAUAUUAUUGGUGAAAGUUAUGAUUCAUAUGAUAAAGCAGUACAAAAAGAAAGAGAAAUAUUUUUAUCAGAAUCUGAAAGAAGUCUUGGGCGAGGAAAAAGGAAAAGAAAAGGAUUAAAAAAUAACAAUGAAGAUACUGACAGUGACAUAUGCGAUUCUCCUAUAAAAAUUGGCCAUAGUAUUAAUCCUUCUAAAAAGUCCAGUAAAAGUCCAAGUAAAAGUAUUCUUUAUAAUCAAUACAGCAAUGAUUUUAACUCAAAUUGUAUCUCUGGUGAGCCUGCAGCUGUAUCUAAUAGCAAUAUUAAUAAUUGCAGCAUACCAUAUGUGAUAAAUACACUUCAAAAUAUUGAAGGCAAUUCUCAGAUGUCCGAAUCAGGACACAUGAACAAUCCAAAUGUAUAUGAAAGCAAUAGUAAUUCACAUGUAUUUUCAUCUAUGCCACAGAAUCAAAGUGAUAAUGAACAAAUAAACUUGAAUGAAACGUCUCAACAAGACAAUUUCAACAUGUCUUGUUUAAACACACAUUCAGUGCAGGAUUUAUCAAAUAUUGUAAAUCAUAACAUAGUUUCUGAUGAACCUGUGGAAACUGCUGAAGUAAUUCUUCUCAGAAAUAUUUACAGUUAUAUUAAACGACUUGAUGGAAGAAUGGAUAGAAUCGAAAAAUAUUUAUUAGAUUCAUCAACUAUGCCAGCUAAUAAACAACCAUUGGAUGAUAGUUUUUCUAUAUUUCCUAUUAAUGACUUUCAAAAUAUUAUAAAUAUUGAUGAAAAAAUAAAAAAUGAUGAGCAGUUUGAAAAGAAAAUGAUAAAUUUCAUUUCUACUAUUGGCGGUAAGAAUAUUAAAAAUUUUGUUAAGCGCAUUUUACAACGCUUGUUUACAAACGAGCUUUCAUCAAAAUGCUCAUGGACCGGAUUUCGAAAUAAUUUCCGCCUUGAAAAUCUUAAAAUAAUUAAUAUAAUGAAAGAAAUAGGUAGAAUUAAUUUUAGUUAUACUGAUGUGGUUUUCGAAGAACAUGUGAAAGAAUGGUUUCGCCAUGGUAAUCAGAGAUUCACAAGAGAGAAAACAAUAAAUAUAUCUAAAUAAUAUUCAAUACUCUUUAUCAUUUAUAGUAAUUAUGGUG